CAUUAUAAUAGAGGGAUGUCAACAAGUAGCUCGGCGGGCUACCCGAGACGUGCCGAACUUUGCCGAUCGGCCGCCGCCGCCGACGCCGCCUGCGGUAUUGAUUGUGGAACGGCGCCCGCAGAGCACCCGCACCGGCGUCCGCGGCGUUACGCACUGCACACAAGACGCACACACACAUUCACAAACACACACACUAGCACACGGUCGCGCGCACACGCAAACGCGAACGCGAACGCAAACGCGGCACACGCUUGCACCGCACGCCGACGUACUGUGCUGCACGCAGUAGACACACGGUUCGAAAGCCGAACGCGGGCCCCCUCGGUUAAAUUUUUUUUAACCAAACUACAAAACUAUAACCACAUACUCACACUCACGCACACACACAUAUACACACGGCUCACGGCACACGAACACCGCACGACACGAUGGCCGCGCCGCUCGUAUGUACGCGAUUUAGUGACAAUUACGAACUUAAAGAGGAACUCGGAAAAGGAGCAUUUUUCUGUUGUAAGAAAAUGCAUUCAAAAGCACACAGGAUUGGAAUUCGCCGCAAAAAUUAUAAAUACGAAAAAAUUAUCAGCCCGAGAUUUUCAAAAAUUAGAGAGGGAAGCAAGAAUAUGCAGGAAAUUACAGCAUCCAAAUAUAGUGAGAUUACACGACAGCAUCCAAGAGGAACUAUUCCACUACCUCGUGUUCGACCUUGUGACAGGUGGCGAGUUAUUUGAAGACAUCGUAGCAAGAGAGUUCUACAGUGAAGCUGACGCAUCGCAUUGCAUUCAGCAAAUACUGGAAAGUGUAAACCACUGCCACACGAACGGGGUAGUACACAGGGAUCUAAAACCGGAAAACUUGUUAUUGGCAAGCAAAGUCAAAGGCGCUGCGGUCAAGUUGGCCGAUUUCGGAUUGGCCAUCGAGGUUCAGGGCGAACAACAAGCGUGGUUUGGUUUUGCCGGAACUCCGGGCUACCUGUCACCAGAAGUACUGAAGAAAGAACCAUAUGGAAAACCUGUCGACAUAUGGGCUUGCGGUGUAAUACUUUACAUAUUAUUGGUUGGAUACCCACCGUUCUGGGAUGAAGAUCAACAUAGAUUGUAUGCCCAAAUAAAAGCUGGCGCUUAUGAUUAUCCGUCGCCUGAGUGGGAUACAGUUACACCAGACGCAAAAAAUUUAAUUAAUCAAAUGCUAACUGUGAACCCCGCUAAACGGGUCACAGCAGAUGCUGCACUCAAGCACCCAUGGAUUUGCUAUCGUGAGAAAGUUGCUUCGGCUGUACACAGACAGGAAACGGUCGACUGCUUGAAGAAGUUCAACGCCAGACGAAAAUUAAAAGGUGCCAUUUUGACGACAAUGUUGGCUACAAGGAACUUCUCCAGUAAGUAUGAUGUACACGGUCGCAGUAUUGCAACCAACAAAAAGGGAGAAGGUUCUCAAGUGAAAGAAUCAACUGAAAGCAAUACAACAUUGGAAGAUGAUGAUGUCAGAGAGGACAAAAAAGGGACUGUGGACCGGAGCUCUACAGUAAUUGCCAAAGAUGCGGAAGGGAACGUCGGCACGCCGCCACCGUCACCGGCGUUGUCGUCCUCUUCGGUUGGUAGCGUGCUGGGCUGCUUCAAGAGCUCCUCGUCCACAUCUUUCGGAUCCAAGACAAAUAAUAAACUGUCUAUAGUCGUCACCGGCAACCCCCAAAAUGUCUUGGCUCAAGCACGCAAACAAGAAAUCGUUAAAAUUACAGAACAACUUAUUGAAUCGAUCAACAAUGCUGAUUUCGAAGGAUAUACGAAAAUUUGCGAUCCGCACAUGACAGCAUUUGAACCAGAAGCACUCGGAAACCUAUUGGAAGGGAUGGAAUUUCAUAAAUUUUACUUCGACCAUGUUUUAGGUAAGAAUCGAGGCAUUAAUACGACAGUGUUGAACCCUACUGUGCAUUUACUUGGUGACGAUGCAGCUUGCAUUGCAUACAUUAUACUCGUACAAUACAUCGACAAACAAGGAGUUCCUAGAUCGCACCAGUACGAAGAGACCAGAGUGUGGCACAGGCGUGACAAUAAAUGGCAAAACGUACACUCGCAUCGGUCAGCAUCGGUAGCAUCCACCAGCAGCGCGUUUUCACCAUCCGCCAUCAGUAAAUAGCCGAUUACCAUCGAUAAUACAUCGAUGGUCAUACAGAACAAACGAAGAGGCCCACUAUAAUAACAAUGUUUUUGUUCCUUUAUUUUCUUUCUUUCUUUCUAUCUUGUUUUUUUUUUCAUUUCGACUGAUUUUAAAGUUGAUAAUAUCGUUAUAUUAUAUAUAUUAUCUACGGUUAUAUAUGUGCGUGCGUAUGUAUAUAUAUAUAUAUAUUAUAAUAUAUAUAUAUGUAUAUAUGUAUAUAUGUUACGAAACACGAAUAACAUAAAAAAUACUGCAAUAUGGUAUGAAAUUCUGUUAACAAAUAAGUGAGCAACAGAGCUAAAUUUAAAGACAUAAAGGAAAAUAGUUCAAAAUUGAUAGCCAAAAAUAUAAUACAAUAUUAAAAUGUAAUCAAGUUACAUGUGAAAAAAAAAACAAAAUUAAAACGCACUUAUAAUUAUUAUGGAAAUUCAAAAGAUUUGCACAUUAUGUAAGAUGUCAAGAUUCAUGACAAUUUUUUCAGUAAUUUUGGCGUGGGCAUGCCAUAUUUUUAACUUAUAUCCAUUUUUAGUAGUUAUACCCAUCUAUAUA